AUGGCGGAUUUGCCUAAGAAGAGGUUGAUUCCGUCGCCGCCCUUCUACUACACUUCUGUGGAUUAUUUUGGACCGUUCGAAAUCCGGGUGAGCCGAAACAAGACGGAAAAGAGGUAUGGCUGUCUCUUUGCCUGCAUGGUCACAAGGUCGGUUCAUUUGGAGCUGGCCCAAUCUCAGUCGACUCCGGAUUUCUUAAAUGCCCUGAGAACAUUCUAUAAUUUGAGGGGAAAACCCAGAUAUCUAUCUUCAGAUAACGGGACGAACUUCCGUGGGGCUGAGGUCGAGUUGAGACAAGCUUUGAGUGCCAGAGAUCGUGACCCCCUCUUACAGGAAGAAAUGUUGAAAGAAAACAUCAUGUGGCAAUUCCAGCCGCCAUCGGCGCCUCAUUUUGGUGGCAUCCAUGAGGCCCUGGUGAAGAGUUCAAAGAGAGCCUUGUACAAAGCAAUGACCCAAGCACAACAGAGACAGAGAUUGCGGGAAUUCGAAUUGAGGACCUUGUUAUCAGAGGUCACGGGAUUCCUAAAUUCACGUCCUCUCACCUACGUCGGCGGGGAUCCAGAAGAUCUCCAAGCAUUGAUUCCCAAUCAUUUUCUGAUUCAAAGAGCGAGCAAGAACCUAGCUCCUAUUCCAGUGAACCAGAAAGCCGUUAACCCAAGGGGUAGUUAUCGAUUUGUUCAAUCCAUUGUGGAAGAUGUGUGGAGAUUGUGGCAAUCCGAAUACCUUCCGACCCUACUUGCUGGUUCCAAGUGGCGAUCUCAAGAGAGGAACCUUUGUGUGGGAGAUGUCGUCUUGGUUGUGGACAAUAUAUAA